AUGUAUCAUUGGUUGCUUGGAAACAAAAAAGUUUGUGGUGGUAUACCUAAGCUAAAGCUACCUCCAUGUGCACUGAAGCAAAGAAAACAGAGAAAGCAUCUAAAGCUUAAAGCUAUGAUUGUUAUCUUUAUGUGGCUCUGGAAAGACAAAAGGAGGGAGCGUGCUAAAUUAUCCAAAUUAAAGUUGAAAAGCUUUCCAAAAUCCCUUAUAGGGAUUUGCAUCGAGCAACUGAAGGAUCUCUGCGAUAAAUUUGAUUGGUUCUGUUUGCAGGUGAUUUCCUCCCACGUUUUGGCGCCGGUCUCCAUCCCUCACUGUCGCGUAUUCGCAUUCCCUCUCGGUUGUCGACAUAGGCACAAGCUAGCAGUUCCUUGGGGCCGAAUUUUAGGUGAUAUCCUCCCACGAUUUGGCGCCGGUGUCCAUCCGUCGCCGUCGCGUAUUCGCCUUCCCUAUCGCUUGUCGACAUUGGCACAAGAUAGCAUUUCCAUGGCAGGCUCUUCUAUUAGGAGGUCGAAGCGUCUGAGGAGGGUUGUUACUAAUGGUGUUGAAGGGUACGUUGAUCAAGGUAAUCAAAAUGGGUUGGUGGAUAGUCCGUCAUCUGACGACUUCGUAUCUCCCCCGGUCGUGUUGCCCCCUAGUGCCCAACCAGACCCUCCGUUGUAGGGCAGUCGAUGGCUGCGUGGGAUUGUGGUAUUCGCAGGGGUGAUGCCCGGUGUUUGCGUGAACUUCAUGUGUGUUUCUUGUCAGAUCUAUUAUUGUUUCAUAGCAACACACAUCGUCUUUCCAACGCCACUUCUAUAGACGAAUUUGCUGCUAAUGUUGGCUGACGAAACUCAGUAGUUUUAUGCUUUUCUUAAUUAACUUCUCAUUUAUUAGAUAUUGGUUUGUUAUGCUCUUCACUUUGUACCGAACAGAUUUUGUCUUUAAUGUUUUCGAAUAAAUCAGGGAUAUGGGUACACUGUCUCAUUUGUUGGAUAGUUAAUUCACGUUGUGAUUCAA